AAUGUCGGCUAAAUCUAAGCAAGAUAUGAAAGGGCUCAGGGUUAUAAAGGUUGAAAACCCAUCUGCUCCACACAACUUUGAAGAUUUCUGGGGGUUUAAUUUUAUGAGGAUGUUGAGUGAUGGCAUUGUCACAAGUGGUGCUAACAUGAGAGUAGGAAGUCCUUACCCAGUCAGGUUUGAAAACUAUGAAUUCGAUGUCAAGCUUGAAGAUGGAACCCAUGCUUACUUAUGGGAUGGGAAGAAAGAGAUAGGAAUAAGGACAAGAUCAUCCACUACAAGAGAAGUGAUUGAUAGAUAUUUUUCUGAGAAAGAAGAAUUGAAUCAAUACUAUAAUUGGAAAUUAUUUGUGAGUGAAGAAGAGCCGAAAGAUGAGAAAGCAGUCUUCUUGAAGGAAAAUGAAGCUCAUCAUAUUGCGAACUAUCUUCAUAGUGAGCUUGAAUGCCAAAGAAUCUUAGUUGAAGCAGGACCAAAUACUGUUCAUAAAUAUUUUAAACAAGGUCUUGAAGCCAAAAAUCCUUUCGAUGUUCUUUAUGUUGCUGUUCACUUUGGAGAAGUGCAGAAAGACGACUUGGUUUAUGGUAAAGAUGGAGCUAUUGAUUUUAUGGAUCCAUCACACCAAAAUGUUGGCAAAUAUAAUCUCCUAAACGCCUAUGACAUUGUCCAUAAACAAGACGAAACUGUUGAUAGCAACCCUUGGACUUACUACGUCUUACAUCGUAAACCAACCUCUCUCUAAUUUCAACCCC